AAGCCGAGGGAGGAUGAGAGGGCGAGCACAGCGUACUCUGCUCCGCAGAUUCCAAUAUGGCUUCCACCGCGUACCAUCGCCACCGCGCCGCCUUCUCCACGUGCUUCGACCCUCCUCCCCUCCCCUCCGCGCCUCUCGUCCUCUACCCCAAGCCAGCCCCGUCUGCGUCCUCUCGCCCUCUCCACGCUCUCAGAUGUCGCGCCGCCUGCGUCGCCGUCGCUGCGAGCGCCGCCGUCGUGCUCCUCCUCACGGCGCUCUGUCUCCUCCGCGCCUCCGCCGCCCCGCCCGCCGCACCUCUCGCGCUCCUUGCGCCCCCGGACGAGUCGAGCUCAGGUGAAUCCGCUCUGCGGUUCUUCGUGUACCGGCUGAUCGGCAACGACAUGCCGCCGCUGCAGUGCGACGGGCAGCUGUACCUCAACACGCUCUACACGCUGCAGCACGAGCCGCGCGAGCUGCCGGGUGUGCGGCGCAUGUGGGUGCUGAACAACGUGCUGAACGCCACGGAGCAGCAGCGCAUCGUGGACGCCAUCCUCGCGCACGGGUACUCCGAUGAGCACAUCAUCUACGUGCGCCUCAACUACACGCGCCUCGCCGCCAUGCCGGAGAACCGCUGGGCGUUUGCCGUCACAGGGCUGAACGAGGCGCGCAACAUGAUGAUCGAGCACGGCAUAGCGGCGGGCGCGCGGUGGAUCAUGCCCAUGGACGGCAACCACUUCCUCACCCGCCAGGGCUGGGCCUACACUGCUGCUGCCGCCGACCGCCACGAGGCCCACGGCAAGACUGUGUUCAAGAUGCCCCGAGUGAAGGUGGACGCCCCUCAGAGUCCGGACUGGAUCAAUGGCAGCACGCUCUACUCGGACCUCUUCCCACACGCACCUGCCAUGCACGAGGGCAUGAUUGCCUUCCGCAACGAUUCACCGCAUCGCUACCAGCCAGGGCUGGGCUUUGCGCGACGGUGCAAGCUGGAGGCGUUUGACCGCAUCUGCGGCACGGGCAAGUACUGUUCGUGGCUGCACGCCGCGCAUCGCCUGGGCCUUGACCGCUUGCUCUACCCAGACUUCACCCCGCAGCUCGCAGACACAGGCGAAUGCGGGUGCCAGAGGGAGAUGGGCAGCGAGGAGAAGAUUCGCCCCAUGCGCACGUCAGUGCUGCAGUCAUGCGGGGUGUCGGUCCGCCUGUGGUACUACCCAUGCCCAGAGGUGGAUGCGCAGAGGAUGAUGCACGACGGGUGGUACCGCUUCAAGCAGCGCCAGAAGGCCCUCGUCAUUCUGCUGGCCCGCAUUCGCGAACGGAUAAAGCAAGAAACGGUAUAGGAGCUGGAGCAGAUGCAAAAAUCUUCACCUGGGAAUGCAACGUGGCUUCAUCUGAGCUUUGCUUUUUGUCAGGCCUCCCGUUGCUCCAGUUGGUCGGCAGCCAAUCUUCAGCUGGGUAUGUUCCAGCUAUACUGGCUUCCCCAACGCUGGUGAGAGAACCCCUUCAAAGCCCACGGCCCAAAUUGCAGGCCCUGGGUGUCAGACACACUGUGUUUGAAGGGGCAGUGGGAAGGGUUAUUACCGUAUUCUCCCGGAUACAUUACCCUAGGGAGCUAAUACAAAUUCAUGAAAAUUUUGGGGUGGGUGGAAUUAAAGGCAAAAAUAUAUUUAACACCAUGGU